GCCGGGAGCAGCGCAGCCCCGGGCGUUCCGGCCGCGGGCUCUGGCCAUGGAGGCAGGUCCCCACAGGAAGGAGGGCGGCAGCCCUGCAGGCGCGGAGAACCCACAGAGCCCCGUACCCCCGGAGCCUCUCGCAGCUCCUGAAGACCCCUGGAGCCCAGAGCACCCUGAGCACCCAGCGCUCCCGCCGCUCCCGCGCCGCCCGCAGCCCCUGGAUGAGGACAGAGUGUCCUGCGAGGACGGGGCCACAGCGGCCCCAGAGGGCAGCGAGCCUGUCUCCGAGGACCCCACACCCGGCUCCGCGACGGCGACGCUCCCAGCCCCAGUGCAGGAGAUAGGCGAGGCCAGGCCAGGGCCCAAGGCAGCGCCCAGCGGCGUCCCCCAGAUAGGCUUCGUGGAGGAGCCCCCGCCCUACGCGCCACCUGACCCCAAGGCGGUGCACCUGCUCUACCCGCCCUUCCCGCAGGUGCCCAUGCUCUUCCAGCCCGCGCCCGCCGCCUCCGCGCUCUACCCGCCGCCCAGCCCGCUCUAUCCCGCCGCGCCAGGCCCAGGCCCGCCGCUCCGCCUGCUGCCACCGGGGCCGCCUUCCCCUUCCCGAUGUACAACAGCCCCAUGGCCGGUCUGCCACAGCCCACCUCAGUGGAGCACAGGCCCCUGCCCAAGGACUACAUGAUGGAGUCGGUGCUAGCGACCCUCUUCUGCUGCCUGCUCACCGGGCUGAUUGCAAUCGUCUACUCCCACGAGACCCGUGCAGCCCUGGGCAGGGGCGACCUGGCCCAGGCCGAGGUGGCCUCACGGAAGGCUCGCUCGCUGGUGCUCUUCAGCCUGCUCUUCGGGGUCUUCGUGUCCACCAGCUGGGUCAUCUACGUGGUGGUGGCUCUCUAUCUGCCCUGAGGCAGUGGCGCCUGUGGGGAUACAGGAACAUCCAGGGUAACCAGCCUGACCUGACCUUCUGUGGACUCUGACCCCUACCAGUGGCCACCUGUCCCCUACAGAGGGGACCCAGAAGUGGGCUUUGCAGUCUCAGCUGACUCAUGGCGGGGCCUUGGGCAUGUCCUGUUCUGACAUGGCCCCAGAGCCCUGCUUCCUGGGCGCCUCCUCCGAGGUCUUCCUGGUACUCCUGCCUUCUCCCCCGGGAGACCGUGAGAGGGACAAAAGCCCCGGCUUGGUCGGAGCCACUGAAGGACACCGCAGCCUCUGCCUCCCCACCACUGCCCUCCCCGUGGAGAGUACAGAGAAGCUGCCCCUGCUGGCUCCCGGCUGGCUCCCGCCCCCC